AUGUUCCGAGACCAAGGGUGUCUCGGACCCAAGCUCGCUUUUGCACAUUGCCUUGAGCACUGGCUGGCAGACUGCACAGAGAUCCACAUCCUUGAAGCUGAGGCCAACAAUGCAGUGAUUGUUAGCCGGUGGCACCAAGAGCCGACAGAGAAAGUGGUGUCCUUGCUGCUGUCCCACCUUCCCCUGCUGCAGCCACGGAACAGUGAGGCCAAAUGUGAGUACAUGAAGUUGCUGCAGAAGGUGUUGAGCCACACUAUUGAAAGUAGCCUGUUUGUGGAGGAGAGCAGACAGCUGCUGUCGUACGCUCUCAUUCACCCUGCCACCACGCUGGAUGAUCGCACGUCUCUGGCCAUGUGGCUCAACCACCUGGAAGAGCACCUAUCCAGUGGCUAUGCACCAUCCUCACGUACUCCAUCGAGCCCCUAUCACCCUCGCCAGGGCUCAGACGAGUGGCCCAACUCUGGUGAGGUUCUGGACCCUGGACUGGCCUGGCAUGACAAAUCCCCUUCCUCCAGCACGUCUCCAGCAGGCCAGAAUGGACACCUUCCUUUCCCAGGCCGGAUGUCUUCUCCCAUCAACAGCAAUAGCACAGGUAAUGUUCCCAUUUUCAUCUCUCUUUACAAGUAG